CCCGCGGCGGUGCCCGCGCCGCCGCCGCCGACCGCGGCCCCGCCGCCGCUGGCGGCUUCCUGGCCGCCGGUGGCCCCGCCGCUGCCGGCGGAGGCCCUGCUGUCUCCUGGGCCGUUGUUGACCACCGUGCGCCUGAACGGCGAGCACAGCGAUCCGGUCGUGUGCGUCUACUGCGCCAACAAGUCGGAGGGCCUCUUCACGAAGGCCUCCGAGCUUUUCUUCGUGUCCUCUGGGAUGUCGUCGGUCGAGACGCAGGACAUCAGUCAGGACGAUGCCCUGCGGCUCCAGCUCGACCAUCUGGGACACCCAUGGCAAGGCGACAGGUGGUACAACGUGGGCACCGCCCUGCGGCGCGACGGCGCCGAGCUGCGGGCCGUGGGGGUCGGCAGCAGCAAGGCUCAGGAGGGGACAAGGACACACAGAGACACACUGAAUCGUCGAUUCCCAGGAAAAUGCUAGGGAGAAUAUGGGAAGCGGGGGAGAAGAGAAAACA